CGGUGGCGUGGGCGGGGCGCGGCGCGGGCCGAGCCGUGGCUGUGCGAGGCGCCGCUCUCGCCGUUCCCGGGGCCGCCGCCGACCCGCCACGGCAUGAGGAAACGCAACGAGUCGGUCACGGUGGAGCAUGAACGCGCCGCUGCCGCCGCCUCCUCCGCCGCCUCCUCCUCCCUCGAUAAGGGCUGCAGCCUGAGGCACAGCCUGCGCCUGCCCACCGCCGACACGGGCAUGAAGCGACCGCUGGGCAGACGAUACGGAUUAUGGUUUCGAUUGCGGAAGUUAAUAAUCUGGUUGCUGGGAGUGUACAUAGCCAUUCCAUUUCUAGUAAAACUUUGCCCUGCUAUUCAGGCAAAGCUGGUCUUCCUAAACUUUGUGAGGGUUCCGUAUUUCAUUGACUUGAAAAGACCACAGGAUCAAGGUUUAAACCACACCUGUAAUUAUUACCUGCAGCCGGAGGAGGAUGUAACCAUUGGAGUCUGGCACACAGUCCCUGCAGCCCUGUGGAAGAACGCCCGAGGGAAGGACCAGUUGUGGUUUGAAGAUGCUUUGGGUUCCAGCCAUCCUGUAAUCCUUUACUUGCACGGCAACGCGGGAACAAGAGGAGGGGAUCACCGUGUGGAGCUUUACAAGGUUCUCAGCUCCCUUGGGUACCACGUGGUCACGUUUGAUUAUCGAGGCUGGGGUGAUUCCAUAGGCAGCCCAUCGGAGAGGGGAAUGACCUACGACGCCCUUCAUGUCUUCGACUGGAUAAAAGCAAGAAGCGGAGAAAACCCUGUCUAUAUAUGGGGACACUCCUUGGGCACGGGGGUCGCCACGAAUCUAGUGAGGCGCCUUUGCGAGAGAGAAACGCCCCCGGAUGCCCUGGUACUGGAAUCUCCGUUCACCAACAUACGGGAGGAGGCACGAAGUCACCCCUUUUCUGUGAUAUACAGGUACUUCCCUGGGUUUGACUGGUUCUUCCUUGACCCCAUCACAACAAGUGGAAUUAAAUUUGCAAACGAUGAGAAUGUGAAAUACAUUUCCUGCUCCCUGCUCAUCCUUCACGCUGAGGAUGACCCGGUGGUCCCGUUCCAUCUGGGCAAGAAGCUUUACAACAUCGCUGCAACGUCGCGGAGUUUCCGAGACUACAAGGUGCAGUUCGUUCCGUUCCACACAGACCUUGGCUACCGGCACAAGUACAUCUACAGGAGUCCAGAGCUACCUCGGAUACUGCGGGAAUUCCUGGGGAAAUCCGAACAUGAGGAUCGUCACUGAAGACCGGCUGCUCUGGCAGCGCAGAGAUCCUCCUUCCCUCCCUCCCUCCCUCUCUCUCCUUUCCCUCCCCUCUCCCUGUGGGUCGGUCUGCCCACCCUCCACCCCUGGCACUCGCGGUGCCCGGGGAUUCCCGCUCCAGUCCUGAUGUGUGUACCCUUGGCAACUCUAGCUCCUGGCAUCAGCGCCUGUGAUGGUAGAAGAAAGAAGCUGUUGACUCGUUUUUAUUUUAUAAAUUUUUUUUUUUUUUUUUUGACAUGGAUGGAGGGAGGGGUGGUAACAGCCCAGGAGCCAAAACCAAGCCGUGAGAAAUGUAAGCACACCAGAGCCUGGCCGAUCCAGCGCCGUACCGCUGAGGACAGACAUUCCUAGGACACGCGUGUCCUGACCACGGGUGUUUCUUUCACUUCCAAACACUGCUGCUGUUUUUGGAUCAUGUAGAGACUCAUGUGUAGGUGAAUGGCUUUUGCCACGUCUCCAGACCACAGUUGUCCUGCUUGAGUUUGAAGUGUUCUCUUUCUAGGAAAUACAUGUUUUGCUUUUACUUUUCGCUAAGUGGCUGUAAUUACAAAUACACGGAAGAUCCAGGUGGUGAGAGGUAUUUUUAUUUAGCUCUUCAGUCACAAUGUGUUGCAAGUGUUGGGGUAAUUGCACACAUUUGGAAAUAAAAUGAUUUUUUUUUUUU